AUGCAGACGAAACCUCAAAUGGAAGAACCAUCUCCAGACAACGUCGAGCAACAGCAACAAGACCAACAAAUACUCAUAUCAUCAACCUCGCCCAUCCUUCCUCAACUACCUCACAACACACACUUAGCACUCCAAAUAGCUCCCUCCUUCGCCAACUCAAGCGUAACAAUCCGCCUCGUCCCCCUCCCCAACACCCCCUCUCUCAGCGGUAGUAAUGGUAAACAGAUAGCACGUUUCACCUGCUCGACCUCCCACCGCUUCGAACGAAUCGUGAAUUUCAUUCGAAAGAGGUUGAAAUUAUUGCCUCAUGAGAGUUUGUUCUGUUAUGUGAAUUCUGUGUUUGCGCCGGGGUUGGAUGAGGUUGUUGGGAAUUUGUGGGAGUGCUUCAGGACUGGGAAUUACUUGGUUAUGAAUUAUAGUCUUGCGCAAGCGUUUGGAUGA